AUGUCGAGAACACCUGCAGGGGGUGCAGGAGGAGAUGAAGAGAUCGGCCUGUGCUCGACCUGCCAGACAGCCUGCUCAUGGUGCUACAAUGCCUUGUUCAAAGGGCCUGUGGCAGAUCCGAAAGCCAACGGCUCGACAUUCCACGACCUCAAGUCGAACGUACCGGAGCCCUUGAGCAUGUCGGACGACCGUGACAAGGCAGAGAUCCUGAUGAACGAGUCAGGGCUGACAGUCGGGGAUCGAGUGCGGCUUAUAGGGUGGAGGCCCAUCGCCGACGACGUGGGAAACGUGGAUUUUGUCAAUGAAAUUUCAGAGCCUGUGGGAACGAUCUUGAAGUUCCUCAUGAGCAAGUCCGGGCCGCUCGUGAGCGUCAAGUUGGACCUGAACGAGAUAACGGUCAAGGUUGGGAGGGAAUAUGUUGAGAAGAUUGAAAAGGUACAAGAGGCUGAGAGACCUGAUAACAUUUCAUCCAACAAUGCCGGCAACGUCGCUGAGAAGUGGAGGAGGAGGCUUCCAAACAACUCGAUGCCGCGGCACCUCCAAACUCCAGCAGAGGAAGAGGAGGAGAAGGCGGCAAAUGAUCAGCAUGACUCGAAAGGAAAUCGGAACAGCUUCCCUCGGUCCAAGAGCAACGUCAACAGCGCCUUCUCGAGAGACAUGAACUUCCGGACGGAGUCUGCAGAGAGUUCGAGGAAUGCAGACAACGGAAAUCACAAGCCGUCAUCGUCCGAGAAGAAGAAGAAAGAGCGACAAGAGAACCCUGCAUUUGACGCGAGUGGUCCGAACAAGGGGGUUAACCAGCCGGACAGCGAGGCGUUCUGGGAGCGAGAGGACGGAAAGAAACGACAUUCGCCGAACAGUCCCCACAACGCCAAGAACAUGUUCAAGGACGAAGACUCUGACUUGUCCGACGAUGUGUUCGACAAGACGUCCAGCGACAAGUCCGGGCGCCAUCGCCAUCGCCAUCGCCACCGUCACCGCCAUGAGGAGCAGGAGAAGAAGCACACAAGGCCGCACGUCGGAAGGACUCACAGCGCGGACGAGUACGAAGAAAGCUCCGACGAGCAGGCGGAUAAUCGCCAUAGAGAGAGAAGAGACAGUGUGGAGGAAGUCGUGGAAGGUGUUGAUUACUUCACAAUCCUGGGCGUCAAGAUCGAGAGCACUGAUGAUGAAGUCAAGAAGGCAUAUCGCAAGCUCGCUCUCAAAUUCCAUCCUGACAAGAAUGCGGGAGAUCCUACAGCAGCAGAGAAAUUCGCGCUCAUCAACGAGGCCUACCGCGUGCUGUCAGACCCAACACUGCGCAACGAGUAUAUGUCAUGA